AGCUUGGAGCUAAAAUGGCCUCCGGCUGACUAAGGUUGUUUCUCGGCCUGUAGCCGUGUCCCGGCGUAGAAGAAAGCUCACCUCGGCACACUCGAGAGAGAAGAACAAAUUCAGGAACUUGACCACCUGGCUCUGUACCGGAAAACCGAGAAAGCCCUUGUCGUAGACUGAAAUCCACUCCCGCGCGCUGCCCUUCCGUUUCCGCUGAGCUGUGCAGUUGUCCGCAAGGAAGAACAGACCUACAGAGCUGAAGGUCUCUUUAUUUGUUUGUGAAGUCGGUGAGAGGAGACGCAGACGAUGGACGGGCGGCGCUACCUGCUGAAGGCGCAGUUGGAGAAGGAACGGCUGGAGUUGGAGAGAAAGAGGGAGGAAGAGGAGGCGCGGAGGAAGAAAGAGCUCGCUGGCGUGCACGAGUCAAGAUCUAUGGACGUCCCCUCUCCUCAGGGGAAGCCCCCUGCCGUUACUGUGGAGGUUCCAGCAGAUAUUAUGCAGGUCCGCAGCCAACUUGCUCAUCCAACCAACUACCACGUGUCGGCCAUACAGAAGAGACAAGUGUCGCAGUAUUUGUCAUCGCAGAGUCCUCACUUUGCCUCUCAUAGCGCUCCCACACAACCUAACGCAGGAUUUGGCCACUCCCACAUGGCUGGCAACAUGGCUUCUUUCAGUGUCCGCAAAGACCCUAUGCUCAGCGGGGUGCCGAGUGCAUCGCCACAGCAACGGAGCCCCGUCGGAACGUACGAUGGAGGACAACUCAACGUUGGAGGUUCCCCGAGCCACGCGGGGAUGCUCCUUGCCGGCUCUCCCUCUGGAGUGUUUGUUGGCGGGCCGCAGAACCUGGCUCUGAAACCAGAGAGUCCCACAAUGAUGGCCACCGAGACCCCAGAGAAUAUCCAAGACCAGAUCAUUGAAGACAUCAUGAGCCUCGAGGAAAAGUUUGGAGAUCCUUUGACGGCAGCUGACAUGCAAUUCCUCGACACCUCCCUUAUGGCUCCUCAGACAUUGCCUCCUCCGAAUCUGUUUGAUUCGUAUGGAAUGAUGGGCGGGGCAGGAGGCGGAGCCAACAUGGGGCAGACUGGAAUGAUUAGCGGAUCACCAAACCCUCCAAUGAUGAUGCCUCAGAUGUCAGCCUCUUGUCCCAACAAUGUGCAAGACGACCACACCGGAAUGCAUGGUCCAAUGGACAUGAAACUGGUUGAGAAAGAACGUCAGAAGAAAAACAACCACAACAUGAUUGAGCGUCGACGAAGGUUCAACAUCAAUGACAGAAUAAAGGAACUGGGGAUGUUACUACCAACCUCAGACCAAGAUUUCAGACAGAACAAAGGAACCAUUCUGAAGGCGAGUGUGGACUACAUCAGGAGACUCCAGAGAGACAUGGAUAAAUCCCGAGUGAUGGACGCCAAGCAGCGGCAGCUCGAGGAGGCCAACAAGAAGAUGAGACUGAGGAUCCAGGAACUAGAGCUGACUGCACGAGCUCAUGGGAUCCCCACACCUUCCCUCAACCCUGAGACUCACCAACUGGCUGUGGCUGCAGACCAGAGCCUUGCAGGCGCAAUCACGCCCCGCAGCAGGACGCCCACCAGUGCCUGUGUCACUCCGUUCAGAGAAGAGGAACUGGCUGAUCUCCUAAGAACCAGCCCCUCCAUCGACUUCUCAAGACUCAACAUCAAACAGGAGUCGAUAAACGGUGACAUUAAUGGCUUUAAAGUUUUUAAAGUUCCUGCUAGACCUGCUGACUCGUCUCUCUCUGUGCAGCUGGACUCUCCGUCUGCAGCCACUGACAACUCGACCCAGUCUCCCCUGAAGUCCACUCCCUCCCCACACCCCCCUCCCACACAAGGCCACACCCAUCCUACCUCCUCGUCAGGACACAUGUUCAACUUUAGUUUCGCGAGGUCCCCAACCUCAGCCACUGGCCAACCAAUGGACACUGGCAUCAGACUCUUUGACCAAACAUGA